AUGACGUCGCAAGUACUCAAGUCCCCCUUAUCCAAAUCUUUAAAAGUAGCAUUGAUCCAAUUGAAAGCCGGCAGUGACAAAAAGGCCAACUUGGCCAAAGUCACCCAGUUCAUCAACGACGCCGUGCUGAAAGCCACUGGUGCACGAGUAGAUCUCGUGAUGUUGCCCGAGUGCUUCAACUCCCCCUACGCGGUGGACGAGUUCCGCAACUACGCGGAACAGAUCCCGCUGGGCGAGACCACUGCGCUUCUCUCGUCUCUCGCCAAGAAACACGGGAUAUUCAUCGUGGGUGGAUCGAUCCCUGAACUCGGCGCCGAAGACAAGAUAUACAACACCUCGUUGGCUUUCAAUGCCGAGGGGGAGAUCAUCGCUAAGCACCGCAAGGCUCAUUUAUUCGACAUUGACAUCAAGGGAGGCAUAACUUUCCAGGAGUCAGUCACGUUGACUGGCGGCGACAAGGCCACUGUUUUCAAAUUGGGCGAAUAUGGCAAUGUCGGAUUGGGCAUCUGCUACGAUAUCCGAUUUCCCGAAUUGGCCUCGAUUGCGUCGCGUGCGCCAAACAACGCGUUCGCGAUGUUCUACCCUGGCGCAUUCAACACCACGACGGGGCCCUUGCAUUGGCACUUGUUGGCGCGCGCUAGAGCUGUCGAUAAUGAGCUUUUCACGGUGUUGUGCUCACCAGCGAGAGAUGUCGAGGGGGGAGGGUACCAGGCGUAUGGACACUCGCUCGUGGUUGAUCCGAUGGGCCACGUGAUUGCCGAAGCGGGCGAAGGUGAAGAGAUCUUGUAUGCCGAGUUGGACAGGGAUUUGUUGCCCAAGGCACGCGAGGGCAUCCCCGUGCAUUAUCAACGCAGAUUCGACAUCUACGGAGAUUUCGUCGGUGACGGGUCGGUGAAAGUGAGCGAUAAAUGA